UUGCAUUGCUUACGUGUCCAAUAGAAUAACGGACCACGGGAAUAAAGCCUGGGAAGGAUGUACAGGGGAUUCCAUUCCAAUAGGAAGCUAUAGCAUAUGAGAGUGAGUCACUAUGAGUAGUAGUACUCGGAAACAAAAUGUUCUACAUUUAUGGAAGCGCUAUAGUACUGUGAUGACUCUUUCUAAGGGAUAUACUACCUUAUAUAUAUCAAAUCAAACAGAAAUACUAAUAAUUUCAUCACAUUAUUCCUAUAUAUCCACUCCUCUCUUCGAUCGCUCUCAUCUCACCAUAUAUAUAAACCCUACUCAACCUACCAAAACGAAAAGACCGAAAGAAAAUUUUAGAAAGACUUUGUUGUUAAUUAUUUGGAGUGAGUGGCCAUGGGUGAAUUCAAAUGCACCAGCUUGAUUUUACUCUACCCUACUAUUUUACUUAUCAUCCUCUUCUCUGCCAUAAAUCACAAUUAUUCCAAUUCGAUCUUGGAUUUUCCAUAUGUUAUACAGUACGAUCGGCCGCCGAAGUCCGGUACUGGAACCGCCGACAUUACAUUCGAUCUUUUUCCAGAUGUGAGCACCAGUAACAUCACUGUUACUGAUGAGUUAGCAAGGAAAAGUAGUAGUGAUCAUACAUUUGGGAAAAUGGAAGAGGGUUUGGCAAGAGCUAGAGCUGCAAUAAGAAAAGCGUCCCGAACAAGAACCUAUACAUCGUACAAGGAAGAGAGUUUUGUUCCAAGAGGAUCCGUUUACCUUAAUCCUUACGCCUUCCAUCAGAGCUACAUUGAAAUGGAAAAGAGAUUCCGAGUGUGGUCAUACAAGGAAGGAGAUCAGCCACUCUUUCACACGGGGCCAAUGAAUUUGAUAUACUCGAGUGAAGGGAUUGUCAUCAAUGAAUUGGAGGGCGGCCCAAAAAGCCCAUUUUUAGCUCAGAAUCCAGAUGAGGCCCUUGCAUUUUUCAUCCCUAUUAGUGUCGUUUUCGUUGUAGAAUAUGUGUACAAACCAUAUAAGGACUAUUCACGAAUAAGGCUUCAAAACAUUUUUGAGGAAUACAUCAACACAAUCUCCCACAAAUACCCUUACUGGAAUAGAAGCAAGGGAGCUGACCACUUCAUGGUUGGUUGUCAUGAUUGGGCACCAGAUGUUUCCAAAGGAUACAGGGCUGAUCUUUUCAAGAAUUUCAUUAGAGUACUUUGCAAUGCCAAUUCUUCAGAGGGUUUUGAACCAAUCCGAGAUGUCUGCUUACCCCAAACGAGCCUUCUCAAAGGCGUAGCGGGUUUACCUGACCCUGGUUUUAUUCGACCUCCAAAUAACCGUUCCAUACUAGCAUUCUUCGCCGGGGGUGUUGAUCAUGGUUUUGUGAGAAAAGAACUUUACAAACAGUGGAAAGGAAAACACGAUGAGGAGAUUCAAGUCUACAAUUACCUCACCAACACAGAAAACUACAAUGAACUAAUGGGUAAAAGCAAGUAUUGCUUGUGCCCAAGUGGGUAUGAAGUUGCUAGUCCUAGAGUAGUGGAGUCCAUAUACUCAGGGUGUGUGCCAGUGUUAAUAUCUCCGGGCUAUGUUCUACCAUUCAGUGAUGUUCUUGAUUGGAGUAAGUUCUCAGUUAAUGUACCGUUUGAAAACCUUUCUGAGAUAAAGACGAUUCUGAAAGGGAUUCCUAAGGAUGAGUAUUUGGCUAUGCAACGAAGAGUUAUGCAAGUACAACCACAUUUUGUUUACAAUCGUCCAGCUAAGCCAUUUGAUUUUAUGCAUAUGGUUAUGCACUCUGUUUGGCUUAGGAGACUUAACGUUAGGUUCCAAGCUUGACUUUUUUUUUUUUUGAGCUACAUAAAUUUAGUGAUAAUUCUUAAUACUUCAUCAUGUAUCAUUCUAAUGAAAAACUAUACAUACUUGAUACUAGCCCAUUUUGUUAUUGAUAUGAUGUAUAUAUAGUACACCAUUAAUGUUGUUUGACAGAAGGCGACGAAUGAAUGGAUAUGAAAAGUAGUUUGUUAUA